UCAUCAAUCAAUGGCCUCAAGAUAGCUGAUACAUAAUUGAUUUUUCAAAGAUCUGGUUGUUUAUAUGUAGAAUUAAAAAGAAGAAAAAAAGGGGAUAGAUCAGGCGGAGGCUCAAAACUAUAACAAUGUCUGAUUGGGGACCGGUAUUUGUGGCAGUGGUUCUAUUCAUAUUGUUAACACCGGGAUUGCUGAUUCAGAUACCGGGGCGCAAUAGGAUGGUGGAAUUUGGUAAUUUCCAGACAAGUGGUGUUUCUAUUUUGGUUCAUUCUGUUAUUUAUUUUGCUCUUAUAUGUAUCUUUUUGCUUGCGGUUGGGAUACAUAUGUAUCUUGGUUAACCUCAAAUACCAACAUUUUCGUGUAAUUCUCUUUCGAUUCGUCAUUCGCUAGUUGAUUACUCA